AGGACGGCGUGUACCUUAUUUUGCUGAUCUAGCUCUCACUCACCACACGCAAGGUUUCCUUGGCCUUGUCUCCAUGGAAAUCAAGGGGGGCACAUGGAGGAUGCUGUUCCUUCUCCUCCUUGGACAGCUAGUCUCCUUCUCCCUGGCAAUCUGCAACUUCAUCACUUCUGUUAUUUCUAAUCACGGAGUUGAUGCACCACUGACGCAGUCGUUCUUCUCGUACAUGCUGUUGGCGCUGGUUUAUGGACCAAUUCUCCUGCAUCGACGACAAACGUUACUGAUACCGUGGUACUGGUACCUCCUGUUGGUCCUUAUCGAUGUCGCAGGAAACUGUCUUACUAUCAAGGCGUACCAAUACUCAUACAUCACCAGCAUAACCUUGUUGAGCUGCUGCACCAUUCCAUGGGUCAUGAUCCUUACCAGGUUUGCACUAGGCGCAAGAUAUUCUUUCUGGCAAUUUGUAGGAGCAGGAACCUCGGUGGCAGGACUUGCCGUGGCAAUUCUGUCAGAUUCCGAUUCUCCAGAUGUGCAAGAUGUUAGUAAAAUACCACUUUUGGGGGAUGCCAUUGCCAUUGCCGGGACACUUUGUUUUGCCUUUAGCAAUGUCGGAGAGGUUGUUAAAUCACAUUCCAUAAUUUCUUCCAUCGCCAAUAGCAAUUUGCUAUGCAGACAGAUGAAGAAAGAGCUCCUCUCAGUCCUCCUGUUCCCGCACGGUCCAGCGUGA